UCAACUCCGCUGUCCCUGACUCACGUGACGUGCCCGGGGCAAACAAGCCGGUCAGCUGAUCCGCCCCGACUGCGCAGUCAUCCCGGCUAUAAGCGCGCGACCUGAACCCGGCGUUCGGCUCGCACCUGGCCGCCGCCACCAUGCUGCCCCCUAUUCUCAUGCUGCUCGCCCUGGGCCUGCUGCCCUUUUCCACCACCGCGCUCAUCAGAAUUCCCCUGCACAAGUUCAAGUCCAUUCGCCACACCAUGACGGAGGCAGGGGGCUCCGUGGAAAACCUGAUUGCCCGAGAUCCCUUGACAAAGUACUCACCACAGUUGUCCACCAAGGCCACUGGCCCUGUUCCUGAGCCACUGAGUAACUACAUGGAUGCUCAGUACUACGGGGAGAUCGGCAUUGGAACCCCGCCACAGUGCUUCACAGUCGUCUUCGACACGGGCUCCUCCAACCUGUGGGUCCCCUCUGCCAAAUGUAAAAUGCUCGACAUAGCCUGCUGGUUCCACCAUAAGUACCAUGGUGACAAGUCUAGCACCUAUGUGAAGAACGGUACAUCUUUCGACAUCCACUAUGGCUCGGGCAGCCUUUCUGGGUACCUGAGCCAGGACACUGUGUCGGUGCCCUGUAAAUCAUCCAACUCCAGUGUCAAAGUCAGUAAGCAGACCUUUGGAGAGGCCACCAAGCAACCAGGUAUCGUCUUUGUUGCGGCCAAGUUUGAUGGCAUCCUGGGCUUGGCUUAUCCCCGCAUCUCUGUCAACAACGUGCUGCCGGUCUUUGACAACCUGAUGGAACAGAAGCUGGUAGAAAAGAACAUCUUCUCCUUCUACCUUAACAGGGACCCGACUGCGCAACCCGGCGGGGAGUUGGUGCUGGGCGGCAUUGACAGCAAGUACUACAAGGGUUCCUUCACCUACCUGAAUGUCACCCGCAAGGCCUACUGGCAGGUCCACAUGGACCAGUUGCAAGUGGGCAGUGAGCUGACUUUGUGCAAGGGGGGCUGUGAGGCCAUCGUGGACACAGGCACCUCCCUCCUCGUGGGCCCUGUGGAUGAAGUGAAGGAGCUGCAGAAGGCCAUCGGGGCCUUGCCGCUGAUCCAGGGUGAGUAUAUGAUCCCCUGUGAGAAGGUGUCCAGCCUGCCCUCAGUUACCCUGAAGCUUGGAGGCACUGACUACACCCUUGCCUCAGAGGACUACGUUCUCAAGGUAUCACAAGCCGGGAAGACCAUCUGUCUGAGUGGCUUCAUGGGCAUGGACAUCCCCCCGCCCAGCGGUCCUCUCUGGAUCCUGGGUGACGUCUUUAUUGGCCGCUACUACACCGUCUUCGACCGAGACAACAACAGGGUGGGCUUCGCCCAGUCUGCCAAGCUCUAGGUCACUUCUGUCCAGUGGUGGAGAAAUGGCCUGGAGUCCAGUAGGAGGCUGCCCAGCCCUCCAGCCCUCCAGCCCCUUCCCCACUCACACUUGCACACUUAUACACUCACCAUGUGGCUCUGGAAGCUCUGGGCCGGUCACUGUUCUUGUGGUUUUUCUCUCCCUGGACUCAGAAACACUGCCAGUCUGUUUGAGAAUGGUAGAGACCAGUCCAGUGCAUGGAUCCGUUUCGCUUACUUGGAAGACCCAGCAUGGGCUUGGUGGUUUCCCAGGUUGCAUCCCAGGAGACCCUGCCUUGCAACAGACUAUUCUCCCCAGGAAACCGGCUCACCUGAGGUCCCUCUGCCCUCACCAGGUUGUGCACCCACCCUCACCCCAGCCACUGCAGAGGCCUGAAGGGUCAGAAGGAGCAUGUGGACUAAAACUGGCAUAGGGGGCUGCAGGGUCAUUCUGUGGUUUCAUCCAUCUGCAAUGCGUACAUUGGCCUGGGUGGGGGCAGAAUGAUUGGGGGCUGGCAUAGAGCUUCCUGUCCUCUCUGGCUGACGUUUGCUCCCUUUCCCCUGGGGGACUGAGAGCCACUGUGAUGUGAAAAUACAGUUGUUUGGGCCUCUG